AUGCAUAUCAUAAGAAUAGACUUGGUAAUUUCUUCUGAGAAAGCAGAGAGAGAUAAGGACAUUGAGCUGUUAUUCAACAAGGUCAACCGUAAACCCAAAAGGACACUGAAGAAGGAACAAGAUCCUGGAAAGUUCUCUAUUCCAUGCUCUAUAGAUAGCCAGCAUUUACCAAAGGCCCUCUGCAAUACUGGAUCUGCAGUCAGCAUCAUGGCCAUAGACACUGCUGAGCUAUUAGGACUAAAGAUGGAACCUUCUAAAGAUAGUUUCACUUUCGUGGAUAACUCCCAAGCAAACUCAGCAGGCAUGAUCAAGAAUGUUAAGGUGGAGAUAUGGGAAUUCAUUAUACAUGUGGAAUUUCAUGCUGUGGAUAUCAAAUCAGGCAAGACAUCUUCACUUCUUUUUGGAAGAGCCUUCUUGGCUACAGUGGGGGCAGUUUGUGAUCUUAAGAGAAAUAAGAUGUGUCUUACUAAUGUUGACGAAACUGUCUUCUAUGAUCCCAUGGAAAAGAAGAAAAGUAAGGAGCUUAUUUCAUGCAUAGAUAUGUUUGAAGAUCCAGGACCUGCAGCUGAUUCAAAUUGUGAGCCUGCAAAACCAGAAUCAGCGUCGGUCGACAUUAAAAUUGCAGCAUCGGCCGACUUUCAGUCCUCAGAAUCGAUCGACAAUACGCCUUCAGCAUCGAACGACUCUCAGUCUUCAGAAUCGAUCGACCCGAAUCCUUCAGCAUCGGUCGACACCCUCCGACUUUCAGAAAAGCCUGAGACUGAAAAGUCUAAAGGAGGUCCUGAACCUUUUACCAAGGUUAGAGUGCUAUGUGAUCCAGAGCUGGGAGAGAAAGGAGAAGUUUUGCAGGAGCUUUUAUCAGCUGCAUCAACAAAAUGA